AACAGACGCGUCUAGAGAAGGGAACUGUUUCUACAGUUAAUUGUAUAUUGUUUUAAACCAGACUACUUUCUUGUAUUUAGACGUGUCGUGUUAAUUACGCAACUCCACUUUUGUCGGCCUAAUUGCGUGUAAACUAAUCUUAUUCGUCUCAUAUGUCAGUUUCAAUCUGUUACAUUACAUUCAGUGAUGUUCUGUAGAUUUAGAAAGCUCACUCGGGAGUCGGGAGUGUAUAGGUUUACGCAACUUUAUAUGUGUGGGAAACUAAGUUUAUUGCCUAGAGUAGACAGUCAUUGUGGUCAUAAAACAGCAGACGCGUAUAGAUCAUACAUGUUAUAUGAUGUCAUAAUCACUGUAUUAUUAGAACUAUUUUUUAGAGAUUUUCUAUGAAUUUGUCAUUCGGCCACGCGCAUGUGAUUAUAUGCUGGUGAAGUGUCAAAAUGAUCCAUUUAAUGGAAAAUGUAAUAAAUGAUCAAUUAAUUGUCAGCACGCGAACAUAAUAAUUCGAGGAUCUGUUACGAUUGCGUCAGCUUUCAAGCACAUUAAUGAAAUUGUUUACUGUAUGUGUACUGUAAUCUCUAUUUCACUGAACAUUCAUUUAUUAAACCGAAACGCCUGGUGUUUACUCCAAACACCUGUAACCAGUGCAUAACUCAUUUGGCUUUUAUUUGUAUACCGUCAUAACAUUAAAUAACCACGAGGGGUAAUUAAUACCAACAUGCACCAUCGCUGUUCAACAAGUGUCAGUGACGGGAACAACUUCAUGCUUACGUCAUGGUGUCUUAAAUCAUACAGCCUAUGCUCACUAUAUAGUGAUGUUUGUCGUAAUGCUAAAUUUCGGGAAAUGCUUAGUUAUGGAGAUACAGUGAUAUAAAAGCAUAAACAAUGCUGUUUAAGAUUGUUUGCCCCCGUGAUGCCCAAUCUUGCUGUCUAGGUAGCUCACUAGGAUUUGUCGCGCGUUUAGCUAAUAUGAAAGUCUGAAUAGAGUAGUUUCGGGAGAGUUCAAAUAUGUGUCCUAUUUUUCAUUAAAAUCAAAGCAAACGAUGACUACAGGGACACAAUCACGAAAUGUUAUACAUUUCACAGAGUAUAUUUAAUACCAAAUAUUUUUAGGUUCACUGUGAAAGUUGGUCAUACCUUUUUACAGUUUGCAACUGUAACUCUGUGGACAUCUAGUGUUCAUCUGACAAAACUGGCUCGUCUUCAGUUUUGACGUGAACAUUCAUAUAUAACAUGACCUCUGACAGCAAAUGUAAAAAUGUCAUGGUGAACAAAAUGUCAAGUGCAGCAGACGGCUGCGUUAAAUUCACUCGCCAUGCCGGUGACGUGCUGUUCAACUUCAACCGGCUCCGCAGCAGAAACAUCCUGACUGAUGUCACCAUUGUGGUCGGUGGGCAGCAAUUCCAGGCCCAUAAGACAGUUCUGAUGGCAUGCAGCGGCCUCUUCUACUCCAUGUUUGCAGACACUCAUAAGAGCAACUUGAGCUUCAUAAGUUUAGAUCCAAAGGUGGACCCCGAUGGCUUCGCCAUACUGCUGGAGUUCAUGUAUACGUCUUGCCUUACUCUUAAAGAUAACUUAAUUAUUGCCACCCUCAACACAGCCACAUACCUACAGAUGGACCAUGUGAUGGACACAUGCCAGAGGUAUAUAGACUCCAGGGGCUUGUGUGUGAAGCAGACCAGAGCAGAGAUGCUGGUUAAUCACGGCUGUUUAACUCCCUACAUCCUCCGAGAUGCCCUAAACAGCCAAUCCAGUGUGAACCUCGGCAAUUACGGACCUCCCAACCUGCACUACGCAGUCAGCACUUCCACAGAGAGCCCAACUCACUUCUACAGACAUCUACCUCUCCCGCUGGAGACCUCCAACACCCCGAACCCCCUCUGGCAGAUCCCCAAGACCGGCGUAAUAGCCCGUCAACAGCACUCCUCCAGGACCGUGACUAAUGCAGGGGAAGAGAAGACCCGUCCAUCUGUGCUCUUUCGUUCAGCUCGAGCUGAAGCCGAGGGAGACCGGAAGGCUCCGAUUCUGCACUCAGAGGUGGAGAACAGCAGCGGUCCCGGGAGCCCUCUCAGAUCAGACUGCCAACCCAACUCCCCUGCAGAGUCCAGCAGCUGCAGUCGAGGAGCGGCGUCUCCUCCCAGCUCCAUCACUCACCCAAAGGCCCACAACUGGAAGAAGUACAAGUUCAUCGUGCUGAACUCCACCGAUGGAGCGACUGACGGCGGCUCACCGACUCCGUCCCACGUAGUUGCAGAAUCCACCAACAAGAACUUUGAGGAGCAACUCAUCACGGAUAGAAGAUCUGCAGAUGAUUGCAUCAAAAAAGAGGAGCGUGGCUCUUCACUUCCCAACACUUUGACCGAGGAGAGCAGCUUGACACCCACAGGACCAGCAGAGAGGGACAAACUCUAUUGUAGCGAGUGCGAGUCCAAGAGCGAAUCUGACGCAGAGAAGCCACAGCGGCUGCAGGAAGGAAAACCAUACAAGUGUGACCGCUGCCAAGCCAUGUUCCGCUAUAAAGCAAACCUAGCUAGCCACAAGUCCGUCCACACAGGAGAGAAACCGUACCGCUGCAACGUAUGUGGAGCUCAGUUCAACAGACCUGCCAAUCUGAAGACACACUCCCGGAUCCACUCAGGGGAAAAACCAUACAAAUGUGAAACCUGCGGCUCUCGCUUUGUCCAGGUGGCUCAUCUGAGGGCUCACGUACUGAUCCACACUGGAGAGAAACCGUACCCGUGUGACAUCUGCGGCACACGCUUCCGCCACCUGCAGACGCUGAAGAGCCACUUACGGAUACACACGGGCGAGAAGCCUUAUCAUUGCGAGAACUGUGACCUGCACUUCCGUCACAAGAGUCAGCUGCGUCUGCAUCUGCGGCAGAAGCACGGUGCCGUCACAAACACCAAGAUCCAGCACCACAGAAGCAGAACAGACCCGCCCAUCGGCUCCCUCGUGACCUCUUGAAAAAACCUCAAACUGUUCAGAGACUAAAGCCACUGGUACUGCCACAAGAAAAGCUAUCAUAAAAUACAGACGCUGAUACUGCAUGGAUCUUUGUGAUGCCAAUAUCCAAUAUAAGUUACAUAUUUCUGGAAUAUGAAGGACUUGUGCCGCAGCAUGUUCUGGUUCACAGUUCAGGAUUUCAGCCGGGUCUCAUGAUGGUUUAAGAUUUUAAUUAUGUAAAUACUGAAUCCCAAGCAUUGUACUUAAGUUCUUGUCAAUACACACUGCAAAUUCUUUGUGUAAGAACAUAAUUUUAUCUCUAUUUAUUUUUUUAAGAAUGCUAAUUCACUCCCUCUCCUGGCAAACUGUGCACUGUAUACAAAAUAUAUGGGGGGAAGAUCGGUACAAAAAAAAUGUUUUAUCAAUGUGGUACAUUUAAAGAAGCUCUGUUUGUCGAAUUAUAUUGUAUAUUUACAUGUGUUUGUACAGUUGUUUUGGUACUAGAGGGCAAAAUGUCCUUGCAAAUAAAUAUUUGAUACCAAACAAA